UCAACUUAGCGCAGCAGGCAAGAAUGGCAAAGCCACUGGAGCUUUGGAGCUGCCAGGAGAGCCGGGGAACCUGGGUUUUGGUCGCUGCUGUCUAAUAAAUGGGAGUAAAAUGGAAUUUCUUACCUGGGUUUUUCCUGCCUUGAUUCUACUGUGCACCCAACAGCACAGGUGUAUCAGAGCUAUGAGUGACAUCGGAGAUUACAUAGGUUCCAACAUUGAAAUCUCCUGGUUGCCCAACCUGGAUGAUUUGAUGAAAGGGUACGCACGAAAUUUCAGGCCUGGGAUUGGAGGUCCUCCUGUUAAUGUUGCUCUGGCAAUCGAAGUAGCCAGCAUUGACCACAUCUCAGAAGUGAACAUGGAAUACACCAUGACAGUAUUUUUGCACCAGAGCUGGCGAGACGAUCGUCUGUCUUACAACCACACCAACGAAACACUGGGCUUGGACAGCAGGUUUGUGGACAAGCUCUGGUUGCCAGAUACUUUCAUAGUCAAUGCCAAGUCUGCCUGGUUCCAUGAUGUGACUGUGGAAAACAAACUUAUCAGGCUCCAGCCAGAUGGAGUCAUUUUAUACAGCAUCAGGAUUACCUCAACAGUGGCCUGUGACAUGGACCUUUCCAAGUACCCAAUGGAUGAGCAGGAAUGCAUGCUGGAUUUGGAGAGCUAUGGCUACUCUUCAGAGGACAUUGUCUACCACUGGUCAGAAAACCAGGAGGAGAUCCAUGGACUGGAUAAGCUGCAGCUUGCUCAAUUCACAAUUACCAAUUACCAGUUCACAACAGAAAUUAUGAACUUCAAAUCUGCAGGUCAGUUUCCCAGACUCAGUCUCCACUUCCACCUUCGGCGGAAUCGAGGAGUUUACAUCAUCCAGUCUUAUGUCCCUUCCAUCCUGCUGGUGGCCAUGUCGUGGGUGUCCUUCUGGAUCAGCCAGUCAGCUGUGCCUGCCAGGGUGUCACUAGGUAUCACCACAGUUCUUACAAUGACCACUCUGAUGGUCAGUGCCCGAUCCUCGCUCCCACGAGCCUCUGCCAUCAAGGCCCUGGACGUUUACUUCUGGAUCUGCUACGUGUUUGUCUUUGCUGCACUGGUGGAAUAUGCCUUUGCACAUUUCAAUGCUGACUACAUGAAAAAGCAGAAGAACAAGAUCAAGGCGAGAAGGCAGAGUGCAGAGAUCAACGUGAAGAAUGCCAUUGUUCUGUUUUCCCUCUCCAUAGCUGGUGUGAACCAGGAACUGGCCAUUUCCAACAGGCAGCACCGAAUUCCCAGAAGCCUGCCAGGAUCAUAUGGCACAAUAGAAAUAGAAACUGGAGAGACAAAACAGCAGCAGGGAAUGAAACUGGACAAAAAGACUGGCCUGAAGUCCCUCUUUAAGCCCAUUGAUGCUGACACCAUUGACAUUUAUGCCAGAGCCGUGUUCCCAGCAGCCUUUGCAGCAGUCAAUGUUAUAUACUGGGUUGCAUACACAAUGUAA